GUUAGUGUUUGCAACCUGCUCGUCCAAGUCCAAGACGGCGAGCAGUCUAUUCACGACAUCAAUAUUCAACCUCUAACCCCUCUUCGAUUCCGACAAAGACACACUUGCGGUCCACAGAGGGCGUACGUCACGAUACUAGACGAGGAGCGGCUGUCUCAGGACUGGCACUGGCAGUGUCCAGGCAUCCAAGUCUUCAACCUCAACAAUAUUCCCAGUUUCCAUCGGGUUACGCACCGUCCGCGAACGGUUGCGCUUACAAUACUGUAAACUUGAAUAGGUCUGAAAAGCACAAGCUAUGGCCCACCGCGCCGGCGGAUACGCUGCCGUCCCCGCAGAUGAUACCGACAGCGUCGACGCUAGUGCUUCCUCCCAAGCAUUGAUUCCACGAGAGGCUAGCCUGCGCGGAGGGACGCUCAUCGUCCACCCAGACGGGCACAGCUAUACCUACGCCUACGGACCGAAGGGCCUCACUGGCCUGCUGCACAAUUCUUACGCCCUCGGAUGCGCAACAUUCGUGUCAAUAGGCGGGCUGCUAUUUGGUUAUGACCAGGGCGUCAUCGCGAACGUGCUGGUCAUGAAGGAUUUUACGGAGAGGUGGCCGAUCGGGGCUUGGGAGAAGGGCGUCAUGACUGCUGUCCUCGAGCUCGGCUCGUUAGUCGGCGCGCUGGCGGCAGGCGUACUCGCAGACCGGGUUUCGCGACGGAUGGCGAUCGUACUCGCAUGUGUCGUGUUCUGUGUCGGGUCUGCCUUUCAGUGCGGGGCGGACAGUCUGGCUCAUCUCGUCGUGGGCCGCGCCAUCGGAGGGCUAGGAGUCGGUGCGCUAAGCAUGCUUGCUCCCCUGUACAUGGCCGAGAUCAGUCCGCCCGAAGUCCGGGGCUCCCUGAUGGCUCUUGAGCAAUUCUCCAUCGUGCUCGGGGCCGUGCUGGGCUUCUGGACGGGUUUCUUCACGCGCAACGUCCCGGGUUCGUCCUCAUGGCGCGUUCCCCUGGGCAUCCAACUCGGCCCAGGCAUCCUACUCGCGCUAGGGUGUCUGUUCCUCCCCCCGUCUCCGAGACUGCUCAUCAUGCAGGGCCGCACAGAGGAGGCGCUCCGAGCGUUGGCGAAGCUGCGCCUCCGGACGCCGGCCGAGAUCCCAGCGGACCUCCUGCUGAAGGUCGAGCUGCUCGAGAUGCAGGUCGAGGCGCAGCUCGUUGCGCAGACCAUCGGCCCCGACGACGACGUCAAGGCCGGCACGCUGCACGCGGAGGCGCGUGCGUGGGCGCGGCUCUUCGGGCGCAAGUACCGUCGGCGCACCUUCAUCGGGAUCAUGAUGAUGUUCUUCCAGCAGUGGAGCGGCAUCAACGCGCUGCUGUAUUACGGCCCGACGCUGAUGCGCGAGCUGGGUCUGCAGGGCGAGAGCGUGACGCUGAUGGUCUCGGGCGGGAUUGGGAUCGUGCAGUUCUUUGCGGUGUUCCCCGCCAUUGUCUUCAUCGACCGAUUAGGCCGCAAGCCGCUGCUGAGGGGCGGCAGCGCCGUCAUGGCGCUCUCCCACUUCUGCAUCGCGACUCUGGUGUGGCUGUUCGAGGACGACUGGCAGGCGCACUGGCUCGCUGCGUGGGUCUCGGUCGGCUGCGUGUACACGUUCACUGCGGCUUACGGGAUGAGCUACGGACCGAUCGGCUGGGUGCUGCCUAGCGAGGUCUUCCCGCUCUCGGUCCGCAGCAAGGGCGUGUCUCUGUCCACCGCGUCGAACUGGUUCAACAACUUUCUCAUCGGGUUAGUGACUCCGGAGCUCAUGGAAUCCUCCGCCUCCGGGACCUUCCUCGUCUUCUCUUCCGCGUGCUUCGUGGGCUACCUCUGGUCGACCUAUGUCGUCCCCGAGACGGCGAACGUGUCCCUCGAGGAGAUCGACGCCGUUUUUGGGUCCUCAGCCGGCCGGGAGGACGUCCAGCUCAAAGCGCAGAUUGAACGAGACCUGGGGCUGCAUGAACUUAUCGGUACAUGGAGUUCCCCGGAGAGCGUGCGGUGACCGCGGGACGAGUUUAAGCUCCGGUGGUGCUUGACUGUCAGAAUGUUUUGUACAUACGAUUGGAGUGGGCGAUAGAUAGGCUGGCUAGAUCUACGACAUUGUACUGUAGGCUACGGGCCUCACGGUAGUACUCAGUGGGUAGAUAUUGUAUGCAUGGGCAACUAGUAAUAGGACCUAUCUUCUAAUGCGGCUGCCAACGUAAUACCUCUCCAUUGAUAGUGACUAUUA